AUUUUUGAACUCUGAUAUACAAAUUAUCGCUUUAAGUGAAGAUUUAUGUGUGCAUAGCCCAUUUGACCAAAUCUAUUUUAGAUCUAGCUUGCAUAUUUUACCACUAUUAGCACCUUCAAGAAAAACAUUGGGAGUGUGUUUAGUUCCACUUAUCUUGUGUAGGAAACCACCGGGAUGGUGAAGUAUCUAAUUAAUUAGCUUUACUUUGCAGAAUUCAAGUUUCCCUGUAAAAAUGGUGGCUUUUGAAACAUGAGAUUAUAAGGCAAGUAGCAAAUCAGCAUACACAUUCUGAACAGAAAAAGGCCUUCAGAAAGAGCAGGAAUAUUCUCCUUUGUAAUGUUGAAAAAUCUACAUGGCUGAAGACUAAAAUGGUGAAAUGUAAAUACCAGAUAGGAAAAGAAAACGUUCACUUCGUGUCACAUUGAAGUCACUUUGUACAGUGGUGUUGUAUUUCUCUCAUGAAGACUUUAUUUUUGGUUUUGAUGUUUUUCCUUGAAGUAUGAAGGAUGAGGACUGUGCUUUGCUGAUCCCAAAUCCCCACACGUGCUUAGUAAAGAGUGGGUGCUUAAAAUGGUUAUUGAAUAAAUGUAAAUAAUAUUUACAUUCAAAUUUUAUGAUUUAUGAUAAAUGAAGUAAAAAAGUACUUACCCAAUGAGAGAUAUGUAUUACCAUUAAGAGAUUUUACCUUUAUGAUAUGAAAAAGGAAGAAGAUAACAACGUUAAAUUAAUUAACUAUAUGGAAAACUUCUUCAUAUUCUUUUGUUAAUCUUGUAGACAUAUUUAUCAUGUCUGGAAAUACUAAAAUAUUAAUUCUUCAGAACUAUGACUUUAGAUGUAAGGCUAUGUUAUUGAAUUAACAUGAUUUAGGCGGCCGGUGCUGCUCUGAGUCACCUGCGCCUGCACCUGUAUCUGCACCUGUACCUUUCUUUCAGGAGGGCGGAUGCAGACAGGAGGGCUGAAGGUUGCUCGGCUCGUCAUGGCCUACCCAGGAUACGAAGGAGGGUUUGGAAAUUUUAGUAGUCAGAUGCCAGGGAUGCAGCCAAUGCCAGGGGCAGGUCCAAACGUGUUCCUUGGUGGGUACCCCGGACCCCUGCCUUAUUCAGACAGUUACUCUUCAGCUGGGGACCCCAUGUGGAGUUACUUCACAGCUGUUGCUGGACAGGAUGGUGAAGUGGAUGCUGAAGAACUUCAGAGAUGUUUGACAGAGUCUGGAAUUAGUGGAACUUAUUCUCCCUUCAGUUUGGAAACAUGCAGAAUUAUGAUUGCCAUGUUGGAUAGAGAUUAUACAGGAAAAAUGGGAUUUAAUGAAUUCAAGGAGCUUUGGGCAGCUCUUACUGCAUGGAAGGAAAACUUCAUAACUAUUGAUCGAGACCGAAGUGGCACAGUAGAGCAUCACGAGUUGAGUCAAUCCAUUGCUAUUAUGGGUUAUAGGUUGAGUCCUCAGACGUUAAAUACUAUUGUUAGACGCUACAGUAAGAAUGGCAGAAUUUUCUUUGAUGAUUAUGUUGCUUGUUGUGUGAAGCUUCAUGCCUUGACAGAUUUCUUUAGGAGAAGAGACCACUUGCAACAAGGAUUUGUGAAUUUCGUGUAUGAUGAUUUUUUGCAGGGCACUAUGGCAAUCUGAAUAUCUAAAAUUUGAAAGUCAAAGAAAUGCUGACUUCUUUUGCUUUGAAGAAAUGAACUGGACUACUUUAAAUGAAACUUUUAGGGUUUUUGGGGUUCCUAUUAUUAAAUGUCUUCCUUUACUAUGUAUUUUUACUUUAGCAUAUGGUGCAAAGUAAUAAAGAAUUGGGGGGGAGGGCUGACUUGGCUCACUUGGUUAAUCUAACUCUGCCUACGGUGCCGGCAUCCCUUAUGGGUGCCGGUUCUAGUCCCGGCUGCUCCUCUUCCAGUCCAGCUCUCUGCAGUGGUCCUGGAAGGCAGUGGAGGAUGGGCCAAGUGCUUGGGCCCUGCCCCGGCAUGGGAGACCAGGAGGAAGCACCUGGCUCCUGGCUUCACAUCUGCGCAGUUCCGGCCUUAGUGGCCAUUUGGGGGAUGAACCAAUGGAAGAAAGACCUUUCUCUUUGUCUCUCUCUCUCUCUCUCACUGUCUAUAACUCUACCUGUCAAAAAAAUAAAGAACAGGCUGGCACUGUGGCUCAAUAGGCUAAUCCUUCACCUGCGGCGCCAGCACACUGGGUCUAGUCCCAGUUGGGGCGCCAGAUUCUGUCCUGGUUGCUCCUCUUCCAAUCCAGCUCUCUCCUGUGACCCGGGAGUGCAGUGGAGGAUGGCCCAAGUGCUUGGGCCCUGCACCCACAUUGGAGACCAGGAGAAGCACCUGGCUCCUGGCUUUGGAUCGGCGUGGUGCGCAGGCUGCAGCGCGUUGGCCGCGGUGGCCAUUGGAGGGUGAACCAAUGGAAAAGGAAGACCUUUCUCUCUGUCUCUCUCUCACUGUCCACUCUGCCUGUAAAAAAUAAAUUAAAAAAAAAAGAAUUGUUUUAAAUUUGGGAUAUUAUUACUUUUGGAAAUGUAACACUUUGAUAAUCUGCAUAGUGUUAUAAAAUAUUGGUAUUUGCUAAUAAAAUAUUUCUUAGUCUUAAUUUUAACCAAAAGACCUAGAAAAAUAUACUUAAAAGAUAUGUUAUAAACACUGCCAAAUAAUGAAAGCUUAGAUAAGACUAAUUUAUACUUAUAUGAAGGUAACAGAUUAUACUUUUAAAUUUUGUUUGUAGUCCUUGGUGUUUGAGGGUCAGCUAGAAAGUAAUGCCUGGAUUUUUUUUUUUUUAUCUUUUAUUUAAUGAAUAUAAAUUUCCAAAGUACGACUCAUGGGUUACAAUGGCUUUCCCCCCCAUACCGUCCCUCCCACCCACAACCCUCCCCUUUCCCACUCCCUCUCCCCUUCCAUUCACAUCAAGAUUCAUUUUCGAUUAUCUUAAUAUACAGAAGAUCAGCUUAGUAUACCUUAAGUAAGGAUUUCAACAGUUUGUUCCCACACAGAAACAUAAAGUGAAAAAUAAUAGAUGAUUUUUUUUUAAAUGAUGAUGAAAUCAGAUCAGACCUAUUGUCAUG